AGAACAAUGAGUUCACCAGAGGAAAAAGAAAAUAUUAAAAUAUUAUUUCAGCAUCAACAUUCAUUUAUGGUUACAAAGAUAAUAUUUACUUCCUGUGAAUUUGGAAUUUUUGACUUGCUGAGAGAGUCGGGUGAAUCUCUCUCCUUAGCAAUUAUUGCUGAACGUUUAAACACCAGUCUCACUGGAAUGGAGACGCUGCUGAACUGUUGUGUGACUUUAAAUCUUCUGAAAAUGGAACAGAAGGAUGAUAGAGAUCUUUAUGGAAAUACAGAAUUUGCCAAUCUCUACCUGGCAAAAUCAAGUCCAAAGUCUCAAUAUUAUACCCUAAAGAUUUUCUCUGAUGUUUUGUAUCCGAGAAUGAAAUAUUUGCCUGAUGCAGUGAGGGAAGGAAAGAAUCAGAUUUCAUCAAUGUUCGGUGUUUCCACAGACAACGUCUUUGAGGCUUAUUACCGGUCAGAAGAAAGAAUUGAAGCUGUCUUUAGGUAUAUGAAUGAAGCUUGGAGUUUGCAUGGAAGAGAAGUACUGACUGCAUUUGACCUUUCUGAAUUUGAAUCCAUUUAUGAUAUAGGUGGAAGCUGUGGUGCCUUAUCUAAGGAACUGAUUGCAAUUUAUCCAAAUUGUUCUGUGACACUUUUUGACCUCCCUGAAGUAGUGGAAACAUCAAAGAAACAUCAUGCCUUCUCAGAAGCAUCACGGAUUACUUUCCAUGGAGGGGAUUUUUUUAAAGAUCCAAUUCCUGAAGCAGAUUUGUACAUUUUUGCCAGGAUCCUGUUUGAUUGGAAUGAUGAAAAGUGCCUGCAGCUGCUAAACAAAGUGUUUAAUGUGUGUAAGCCUGGUGGUGGAGUAUUAAUAGUGGAACCAACAUUAGACAAAGACAAGACUCCAUCUUUUCCUAUUGCCAUGUACUCCACCAUACUGCUGCUUGCUACUGAAGGAAAAAUGCGGACCCCAUCAGAGUAUCAUUCAUUCCUCAGCACAGCUGGCUUCAAAGAUAUACAGCAAAAGAAAGGAAAUAUAUAUGAUGUCAUUUUGGGCAGAAAAUAA